AUGUCCAACACGAUCAACCUCACAAAAGAAUCUCAACCGGAAGAAGAUCCAUCUGUAGCAGCCCGCCUCCAACGACUGCAGAACAACUAUGAAGACUAUGGCAUGCGACACACCGUCGAGGGCGUCCUCGUCGUACACGAUCAUGGACAUCCACACAUUCUCAUGCUUCAAAUUGCAAAUGCCUUUUUCAAACUACCGGGUGAUUAUCUAAAGCCAGGAGAAGAAGAGAUUCAGGGUCUCAAAGCACGUCUCGACGAACGACUCGCACCGACGCCUGGCACGGCGUUUCAGUUCACCGAACAGCACGGCAUCGACAAUGAUUGGGAAAUUGGAGACUGCCUCGCACAAUGGUGGAGACCAAACUUUGAAACGUUCAUGUAUCCGUUUGUCCCAGCGCACAUCACCAAGCCAAAGGAGUGUAAGAAGCUGUACUUGGUCCAAAUGCCCGAGCGCAAAGUCUUGGCGGUGCCAAAGAACAUGAAACUCCUCGCGAUCCCACUCUUUGAGCUAUACGACAACGCAGCGCGAUACGGUCCUCAACUCUCGGCGAUUCCACACUUACUAUCCAGAUAUAAUUUCAUUUACCAAUAA